GGCGGCAGAUGCCCACAUUUGUGUGACAGUGGAUGAGACAGACAUUGACCUUCAGACCUUCUAUGUAAACAUACAUAAUGUACAGAAAAGUCUGCUGUUAGAAGAAGACAUCAGUGCAUAAGAGAAAUAAAGAAAGAGAGAGAAAGAAAGACAGAUUAGGGGAGAGAGGGGAUUUGAGUGAAAUGUGACUGAGGGAUCAAGGCAGUCUGUACCUCAGGAUCAGAGUACAUCACUCCCCACAGUCUCAUAUUUAUACCAGCCCGAGAAAGAGACAACUAACUCCUCAAGCUGAAGCUGAAGACCAAGGUCACUAGACACGAUCUAUCCAAGGCAUCAAACAAAAUCGUGAUAGCCUUCAGUGGACGGCGCAUAACGUGUCAAAGAACACUAGCCCUACGAGAUACAAAGAGACGUCAUCUACAUUUCGGAAUGACAGCAUCCAGCAUGGGCAGUCUUUCAGAAAGGAAUUUCAACGCAAAGGAAGAGAGGAAGCUACGGAAGCCCUUGAUUGAAAAGAAGCGACGGGAGCGAAUCAACUGCAGCCUUGAGCAGCUGAAGGGUAUCAUGGUGGAUGCCUAUAACCUUGAUCAAUCUAAGCUGGAGAAGGCAGAUGUCCUGGAGAUUACAGUGCAACACAUGGAGGGCAUGCAAAGGGGUCAAGGGACAGCAGGUUCAGGGAGCAGUUUGGGGUUGGAAUCUCGCCAGCGGUACAGCAGUGGUUAUAUCCAGUGCAUGCACGAGGUGCACAAUCUUUUGCUUACCUGCCCAGGCAUGGACAAGACCUUGGGUGCACGCCUGCUCAACCACCUGCUCAAGUCUCUUCCUCACAUCAGUGUGAAGACUGUCAGCACUUCUAACACCAGCAAUGAUGACAUUAUUGAUAGCACAGGCAACUGCAGCCCCCUUGCAGCCUCUGUAACUCAUUCUCCAAUCUCACUGCCCUUAACAGCUUUUCACCCCCUAAACCCCAACUCUUCCCCUUCACCGCCCCAACCCCCAUCCCCAUCUCCACAUAGCCCGAUGCUCUCCCCCUGGUACCAUGAGGCAAUGGAGGGCAAUUGUGGUAGAGAACUUAUGCCACCCUCCAGCCCUAGCUCUCCCUCCCCAAUCCCCCACUCAGGCCUACUUCAUCCUGUCUUUCCCCUAUUAAUCCCAGGAGGAGAUCCUUCCAUGUGGAGGCCAUGGUAAACAAACAAAAAAACCCAACUCCUCCCUGCCAUGUAGCCUCAUUGCAAAUUAAGUUCUGCUUUUUUUCAGAGAGCAUGAGGUAGAGAGGUGGGCUCUAGUCAAAGUUUAAGGGUUAGGAUUUAUUCUUGGAAAUUAGUGCAUGGGACACCUGGACUAAGUGCCCCAAAUUGAACACAAUGUAAUGCCUCCAGCACUAAGUGACCUUAAAAAAAAAAGGAUCAACUUAAAUUGCGGUUUAUUUUGAUGAUUUGGCGAACACCCUUAAACUUCAAAACGUGAUCUUAUAUUUAUGGGGUCUGAACUAGUUCGAUAAUAUCUGUGGAGACCAGGGCCCUGUUUCACAAAACAAGAUUACUUAGUUAGCUGGAUUACUUCACUGAAUAAAACCCAAAAUGACUCUUUUUACUUCAAUCCAUGUUCCAGAUUUGAGUGGGUUCUGGGUUUUACUCCAGCUAACUCAGUUUAGUUAUUUCCUUCAUGAAAUAACCCCAAAUUCUUGGUAUACUUGUUUAUACUUGCAAUUACAAUUUUGUAAUUAAGAAAAUGACCACUUAGAGGGUCAUACACAAAGUAAAUAAGUAGAAGAGUGGUAACAUUCUCCCUGAAAAAAACAAACUUCUGCCUUUUAUAUUACAAGACACAGAAGUUUAGCUGGUACCUCAUAUUGAAGCAGCCAAUGUAGAAAAUUUCAUGGAAGUAGUGGAUUUGGGUGUAUACUUUGGCAUUGUAAUUGACAUGACAGUAAUUAUGAAAUUGCUUGUGAGCUCUUUUGAAACUAUGUAUGUAUGUCAGUAAAAUAAAAAAAUAAAACAAUCAUCUGA